AAUUCACUCAAAACAAACAUUUGCUGCUGCUGCUGCUGCUGUUGCUGGCAGCGCAGUUGGCAGCGCUUUGAGUGGAAUUUGCUGUUGCUCUUGGGGGUUGUACGGCGGACUGGGGCCAGACUAGACCAGAUACUCUGGAGGCGGGACAGGCUAGAGACGUUUGUUGAACUACUCAGACGUGCAGCAGACAUUGCCCGUAGAGGUUCAAACUUGUGCAUUCAGCUUCAGCAUAACAAGUGUUUCCAGUUAAAUUAAAAUCAGAAAAUGUUAAACGCAGCAAAGUGUAUUUUGGCUCUGGCCGUUAUCAUUAGCCUGACCAGCAUGGCCUUUGCUAUCAAGUGCUUUCAAUGCGAGUCUCUCUCAUCGCCAAAGUGUGGCAUACACUUUGAAGAGGAAUCCACAUUUCUGGUGGACUGCGCUGGCAUUGGACCUCCGCGUUAUCUGCAAAACUUUUAUCCCGUUCGCAAUGCCACUGGCUGCAUGAAGAAGACCAUCGAGAGCUUUAACGGACAGCCACAGGUGCUGCGUAGCUGUUACUUUGGCGAUACGGCGAAUAUACAAAACGCCUGUCAACCGGACGCUGCGCUGCCUUAUGUGAAGCAAUUGGGCUGCGAUGUUUGCACCAAGGACGAGUGCAACGGCUCCAGUGCCUUGACUCCAGCGCUGACUGUGGGCGCGCUGCUGCUGCUGGGCGUGGCACGUGUGCUGGCCUAAAUGGAUCUCGCUACAAGCUUUAAAUGUGUUUUUUGUUUGUUUGCUGGCUUUUGAUGUGUUUUUUAUUUGCAUAAGUUUAAUUGCAACAAAUUGUGCCUCAUUCAUUAA